AAUAAAUGCAAGAUGGCUCCUCAUAUAAAAACAGUCUUCUUGGUUGCCCUCAGCGUGCAACAAAAUAACUCUCUAAUCCUUAUUAGGUUAAAAUAUUUAUCCGCGAAGAGUUCUGAGGGAUAAACUGAGCGUUAGCUUGGCGACGUUGGGCUGUAUUUUGUGGGAAUAUAAAGUACAGGAACAGCAGGGACGACUUUGAAGACAUGGUUGUGUGAGCUCUGAGUCUUCGUGAACCGUUGGGCUGCUGAGGAUCACACAUCCCCAGCAGGGCCUUAGUUAGCAGCUAACAAGCUAAUGACUUUACCGACUGUCUUCUACCGCGUUGGAACCCUCAAAGAAAAGGAGACACAACUGGUGUUGAAUGUUGCAAGUUGAAGCUCCUGUAACAAAUGAGCAUGGCUGUAUCAAGGCUUGACCGAUUGUUUAUCUUGCUCGACACUGGAACGACACCAGUAACCAGGAAAGCAGCAGCCCAGCAGCUUGGGGAAGUGGUGAAACUUCACCCACAUGAACUCCACAACCUCUUGUCAAAGGUCCUUACCUAUCUAAGGAGUCCCAACUGGGACAGUCGAAUUGCAGCCGGUCAGGCUGUGGAGGCCAUUGUGAAAAAUAUUCCUGAGUGGAACCCGGUUCCAAAGCCAAAGGAAGAGUCCCGUGAAGACCUGUCUCCGGAGGAUUCGUCUUGUGACCGCCUGAAUUUUUACCAUUUCGACAUCUCCCGUCUGCUCAGACAUGGAGCUUCGCUGCUCGGAUCUGCGGGAGUCGAGUUUGAGCUGCAGGAAGAUAAAACUGGUGAGAUGGAUCCUAAGGAACGUCUUGCACGCCAAAGGAAGCUGCUCCAGAAGAAGCUGGGCCUGGAUAUGGGUGCUGCUAUUGGAAUGGACACAGACGAGCUGUUCAAUGAUGAGGACCUAGACUAUUCGUGUCAUCCAAGCAGUUUUAAAGCCCAAGAAUAUAAAGCUACAGCUGGCUGCAGCUCACGCAACCACGUGACGAUUCAGGCGGCUGAAUUGAUCGACUCAGAGUUCCGGCCCGGUAUGAGCAGCCGUCAGAAGAAUAAAGCAAAAAGAUUGGCUAAACUGGUGGCAAAACAAAAAUCCAGAGACGUGGAUCCCAAUGAAAAGAGUAAUGACAGCUUUGAAGGUGAACCUGAGGAGAAACGGAGAAAAACAACCAAUGUAGUAAUUGACCAACCAGCAGCAGAACAUAAGGUCUUAAUUGACAAUGUUCCUGAUAACUCGGGUCACCUAGAGGAGUCACACGAGUGGCCUCUGGAGAGCCUCUGUGAGGAGCUUUGUAAUGACCUCUUCAAUCCAUCAUGGGAGGUUCGUCAUGGUGCGGGCACAGGUCUCAGAGAAAUCCUGAAGUCUCACGGUGCUGGUGGUGGGAAGCUGGUUGGAAGCACUGCAGAACAGAUGUUGCGUCAGCAUCAGGAGUGGAUAGAGGAUCUGAUCAUCCGUCUCCUCUGUGUCUUUGCUUUGGACCGCUUUGGGGACUUUGUAUCUGAUGAGGUGGUGGCUCCUGUCAGAGAAACGUGUGCACAGACGCUGGGUGUUGCUCUUCUUCACAUGAGUGAAAAUAGCGUUUCCAUGACGGUAGAUGUCCUGCUGAAGCUGCUGAAGGAGGACCAAUGGGAGGUCCGGCACGGAGGUCUUUUGGGGAUCAAAUAUGCCUUGGCUGUCCGACAGGAUCUCAUCUCUGUGCUUCUCCCCCGGGUGCUGCCUGCAAUAACUGAAGGUUUACAGGACCUCGAUGAUGAUGUCAGGGCUGUGGCUGCUGCUGCUCUUAUUCCAGUGGUGGAGGGGUUGGUCCAGCUGCUGCCCAACAAGGUUCCUUUUAUUGUAAACACGCUAUGGGAUGCACUUUUGGACUUGGACGAUCUCACCGCUUCCACCAACAGCAUUAUGACUCUGUUAUCUUUGCUGCUGACCUUCCCUCACGUCCGACAGUGCAGCAUGGAGCAGUCACUCACUGUCCUGGUUCCUAGAGUUUGGCCGUUCUUAAGACACACCAUAUCAUCAGUCAGAAAGGCUGCACUGGAAACCCUUUACACGCUGCUGUCUAAAGCUGAUGAGAGUUGUGCAGUCUGGAUAAACCCCAUAUUACAAGAUAUGUUGCGACACAUCUUCCAGUCCUGCAUACUGGAGAGCAAUGAUGAAAUACUUGAACUAAUUCAAAAGGUGUGGAUGGAGCUGCUGUCCCAGGUCCCCCAGCAGUUCGUGGUUGCAGCCAGCUGUCCGUGGAUGGGUGCCUGGCUCUGUCUGAUGAUGCAGGCCUCUCACAUUCCCAUAGACCUGAACAUGCUGCUGGAGGUGAAAGCCCGCUCCAAGGAUAAGACUGGCUCAAAGGCACGUCAAGGAAACAAUCAAGUGAAGGAAACGCUCCAGCAGUAUAUAGCUGGGGCUGAGACUGUAGCAGAUGAUCCACUGACGAGGGAUUACGUGGUGGUCCGUGCCAGACUCAUGGCCGCCAAAUUGCUGGGGGCUCUGUGUCGGUGCAUCUGUGAUCCUCAGCUUAAUGCUGCAUCCCAGGAGAUCAGGCCAGCUGAGUCUUUGGGCCAGCUGUUUCUCUUCCACCUCAACUCCAAAUCAGCCCUGCAGCGGAUAGCCGUGGCACUGGUUCUUUGUGAGUGGGGUGCGCUGCAGAAGGAUUGCCAGAUGGUGUCAUCCAUGGUGCAGCCCCGGCUUCUGGCUGUUCUGACGGAGCAGUUGUACUACGAUGAGAUUGCGAUUCCCUUCACACGCAUGCAAAAUGAAUGCAAGCAGCUCAUGUCGUUGCUGGCUGAAGUACAUAUAGACCUUCAAGAUCGCCUCAACUGUAGUGUUUUCACCAUAGACCAAGCCAGCGAACUGGUAACCACCAUCUUCACAGAAACAACCGCAGGUCUGAACGUGAACUCCAAGCAGUGGCUGGCGCUGGAGAGUAAACGGCAGCAAGCUCAGUCUACGGUGAUGGAGACCAACACAGAAUGGCAGCAGCUGCAUCUGCGUGUCCACAUGUUCACCGCCUGUGCAGCAAUCAACCUGGAAGUGCUUCCUGACAAACUCAACCCUCUGGUGAGGCCUCUCAUGGAGACAGUCAAGAAAGAGGAGAACACCCUGAUCCAGAGUUACGCGGCUUCGUUUAUAGCCAAGCUGCUGCAGCAGUGUGCCAGCCGCUCACCGUGCCCCAAUUCAAAGAUCGUUAAAAACCUCUGUGCUUCAGCAUGCAUGGAUCCCUCUGCUACACCCUCAUCUGCUUGUCCCGUACCCACAGCGCAAGAACACGCUAAAGGAGGUGGGCUGGAAAAAGAUGUCAUGCAUCACAUAGUCAACAAAACCCAAGGAAUCAUCACUCUCUACCGCCACCAACGGGCUGCGUUUGCAAUCACAAGUAAAAGGGGUCCAACACCGAAAGCUCCGAAGGCCCCCAUGAUGGAGCUUCCUCCUGGCAGCACCAUAAGCUCAGAUAAUGAUGAGAGCAAGAGGCAGUUUCUUAUUCAAAGACGAGGAGCGGAGUUUGCCCUGACGACCGUUGCCAGGCACUUUGGUGCAGAUCUCAACAAGUGUCUGCCGUACCUCUGGGACAACACAGUGGGACCAUUGAAGGCAGUAGCUAUGGCAAAUCUUUGCAUUGACAGGCAGGCCCAGCUGGAGAGAGGCGAUGCUGCAGCUCAGGAAUUGGUUUAUUCUCUGCAAGUUUUGGAAGUCAUGGCUGGAGCUAUGGCUGUUGAACUUAGACCUUUGUUGCUGGAACACCUACCUCAUUUGUUUACUUGCCUGCGGCACCCGUACACAGCUGUGCGGCACAUGGCUGCACGCUGUGUAGGUGUGCUCAGUAAGAUAGCCACACUGGAGACCAUGAACAGUUUCCUGGAGUGUGUACUCCACUGGUUAGCUGCUAUUGAAGACUGCACGAAACAGGAGGGCGCCAUCGAAGCUUUGGCAUGCGUCAUGGAGCAGCUAGAUGUUGAUAUUGUUCCCUACAUCGUGCUGCUGGUUGUACCUGUUCUGGGACGUAUGAGUGACCCCAGUGAUAGUAUUCGUUUUAUGGCCACUCAGUGCUUUGCUACACUAAUCCGCCUUUUGCCAUUAGAGGCAGGUAUACCUGACCCGCCAGCCAUGUCUGCUGACUUGAUCCAGCAGAAAGCAAGAGAGCGUCAGUUCCUGGAGCAGCUGCUAGAUGGCAGAAAGCUGGAGAACUAUAGGAUCCCUGUGCCGAUUAAAGCGGAGCUCAGGAAGUACCAGCAGGAUGGGGUGAACUGGCUGGCGUUCCUGAACAAAUACAAGCUGCACGGGAUCCUUUGUGAUGAUAUGGGUCUGGGCAAGACUCUGCAGUCCAUCUGCAUCCUGGCAGGAGAUCACUACCUCAGGGCAAAGGAAUAUGCUAAGACUAAGGCAGCAGACUGUAGCCCUCUGCCCUCCCUGGUGGUGUGUCCUCCCACACUAACGGGCCACUGGGUGGAUGAAGUGGCAAAAUUCUGCGCCAAAGAGUACCUCAACCCGCUGCACUACACCGGGCCUCCCACGGAGCGAAUGCGGUUACAACAUCAAGUGAAGAAACACAACCUCGUUGUCGCUUCUUAUGAUGUCGUGCGGAAUGACAUAGACUUUUUUAGGAAUAUAAAAUUUAAUUACUGUAUCCUGGAUGAGGGUCAUGUCAUCAAAAAUGGGAAAACCAAACUUUCCAAAGCCAUCAAACAGUUAGCUGCCAACUUCCGGGUCAUCUUAUCAGGAACGCCCAUUCAGAACAACGUUCUGGAGCUCUGGUCGUUGUUCGACUUCUUGAUGCCGGGCUUCCUUGGAACAGAACGGCAGUUUGCCGCUCGGUACGGAAAACCUAUCCUGGCCAGCCGUGACGCCAAAAGCUCAUCUCGAGAGCAGGAAGCUGGUGUCCUUGCCAUGGAAGCGUUACAUCGUCAGGUGUUGCCUUUCCUUCUGAGGAGGAUGAAGGAGGAUGUGCUCCAAGACCUUCCUCCUAAAAUAAUCCAGGACUAUUACUGCACUCUUAGCCCUCUGCAGGUUCAGCUAUACGAAGACUUUGCAAAGUCUCGAGCUAAGGCCAGUGUGGAGGACAGCAUCUCUGUGGCCUCCAGUGAAGAGGAGGAGAAGCCCAAACUGAAGGCUACGGGCCAUGUCUUCCAGGCACUGCAGUACCUGCGUAAGCUCUGCAACCACCCAAACUUGGUUCUGACUCCUCAGCAUCCAGAGUACAAGCGCAUCACGGAGCAGCUGGCUUGCCAAAAUUCGGGUUUACGCGACAUUCAGCAUGCGCCAAAACUCUCUGCUCUCAAGCAGCUGCUGUUGGAUUGUGGUCUUGGUGGUGGUGGAGGAUCAGAAGGAGGGACCGAGGCAGUGGUGGCCCAGCACCGCGUGCUUAUUUUCUGUCAGCUGAAGAGCAUGCUGGACAUUGUUGAGCACGACCUGCUGAAACCCAAACUGCCAACCGUAACCUACCUGAGGCUGGACGGCAGCGUGCCGGCUGGCCAGCGUCACUCCAUCGUCUCCAGGUUCAACAACGAUCCAUCCAUUGACGUGUUGCUGCUGACCACCCAUGUUGGUGGUCUGGGUUUGAACCUGACCGGCGCCGAUACGGUGGUGUUUGUGGAGCAUGACUGGAACCCCAUGAGGGACCUGCAGGCAAUGGAUCGUGCUCAUAGAAUAGGACAGAAACGGGUGGUGAACGUUUACAGGCUGAUCACGCGAGGCACGCUGGAGGAGAAGAUAAUGGGACUGCAGAAAUUCAAAAUGAGCAUCGCCAAUACUGUCAUUAACCAGGAGAACACCAGCCUGCAGAGCAUGGGCACAGACCAGCUGCUCAAUCUCUUCACUCUUGACAAGGACGAUAAGAGUGACAAAGGUGAGCAGUCGUCAUCAACCUCAGGGAAGGCCUCCAUGAAGUCCAUGCUGGAGGGCCUGGGAGAGCUGUGGGACCAGCAGCAGUACGACUCGGAGUACAACCUGGACAGCUUCAUGGACUCGUUGCACUAGCACUGUUAAAACUCCAUUCAGUCAUCUCAUCUGCAGGCCAAGCAGGACCUGGCCACCGGCUGUCAGUAGAAAAUGGAUUAUGGUUACUGUAAAAGUCCCACCGUGAAACACAGCCAGAUCAGGAACAGUGGACAUUUUAUUGCUCUUAAUUUGAAAGGUCUGGGGGAACAGUGUUACUCAAUGACUCACUCCUCUUCCAGAACUUUUUCAGACAUCCCAACAUUUUACACUGAAAGUCACCCCCAACACGCCCUUUUACAGACCAGUAAACCAGGACAAGCGACAAACAUCUCCGCUGUUGAAUUACGUCAUCGUCGGUAGUUAUGGCGGCACCACCAGCAUGCUGGGAUGCUGCUCUAACCUUUCAAGCACAUAUAUGUAUUAUAAUUAUAGCUCUAAUUUAUAGUUAUGGCUGCAGGUGCUACUUCUCCAGCCCACUGCCUUCUUCGCACUUCACUUUUCCAGAGUAUAUACAGUGUUAACUGCUUCAGCCCCACCUUCGUGUCGCAAAGUCUUAAACGUGCGGCUAAACUCAGCUACGCCUGUCAGCACCUCUCUGACUGAUGGAUACUCACACGGCUUGUAUGACAAAGGGAACCCAGGUGACUGUGACGAGAAGCCAUAGGACGCCGUCGCUGGACUGGUCUUUCAUGGCACAGCCAAAGAAGCACUGCACUCGGAUCAGCAUUACAGCGACGCAGUGUGGCAGCAAGCUGAUACUAGUACCGGAAACUUGGCCCAAGUAUUUUAAAAGGAACUGUAGACUUGUACAUAUUUCUCUAACUGCUGCUUUUUGUUUAUGAUAGUAAAAUUGAAAUAAAUUCUGCAUACUGUG